CCUCAAAUAUCACAUGCCUCUUCUUCCAAACUUUGAAACACACAAAACGAGGAUUCUAUUCUAUGAAGCAAAGCAAGUAACAACCAAUAAACAAUAUAAAUAUUGAAUUCAUGUCAACCAUUUUGAAUCACACAAUCAAUAUAAAUACAUAAUCAUAUAUAUCCCCAAUAUCAAACAAAAAAUCCAUUCUCUUGUGACAAAAAAAUGUCUCUACUAGAUCUGGAAAAGCACUUUGCCUUCUACGGUGCUUAUCACAGCAACCCAAUAAACGUUGCAAUCCACAUCCUCUUUGUUUGGCCCCUCCUCUUCACUGCACUUAUUUUACUUUACUUCACCCCUCCUAUUUUCUCUCCUUCCCAAACACUCCUUAAUGUUAUCCACCCUGUCUUUGUUUUCAACAUUGGUUUCAUCUUCACUGUUUUCUAUUCUCUCUUCUAUGCUGCCUUGGAUAUCAAAGCUGGUUCCUUCGUAGCUGUCAUCACUUUUCUUUGUUGGAUUUCUUCAAGUUUCGUCGCUAAUUCCCUCGGCUUCGAACUUGCUUGGAAGGUUGUGUUGGUUGUUCAGUUGAUUGGGUGGAUAGGACAGUUUUUGGGCCAUGGUUUGUUUGAGAAACGUGCACCAGCUUUAUUGGAUAACCUUGCUCAAGCUCUUAUUAUGGGUCCUUUCUUCGUCAUUCUUGAGAUUCUCCAAACAACAAUUGGAUAUGAGCCAUAUCCUGGAUUUGAGAAAAAGGUGAAGGCAAGGAUAGAAGCUAAUAUCAAAGAAUGGAAGGACAAGCAGCAAAAGAAACUUUCUUAGCUUCAAAAUUAGUUUAUACGUUUUAAUUUUCGGUGUUUGUUUUCAAUUCUAUAAUAAGGUGUGUUUUUGUAUAAGAAUUCGUGUUAUGUUUGUGUCUAAACGAGAAUUUUUCGUAGUUUGUCACACAAUUCAGCCCUAAAUGUGGGGCACUAGAGCGGAUCUUGUUCCUAGUAAAACAAAUAAAAGUAAAAAACGAGAGCAUGACCAUGAAUCCACUUUCAUGUGAAAUUAAUAA